CCAUAUUGACGACGCCAAUGCUGCUUCGGUUAUCUCGUGUAUGGCGGCAAUUCACAAACAGCAAAGUGCCUUUCUACACAUGUACUCUGGCAAAGGAAAAGUUAAUUAUGGUACAAAGGUGAGGACAAAAGCCCACACAAGUCUUGCGGUCACGAUUCAAGACUGAUUAAGAUAAGAUGAGCUGUAUGUCAAAACAAGAAACCAGACAAAUGUGUCACUUACAUGGGGGGAAUGAAUCAGAGGGCACCAUGGAAAAUUAACCUGUAGUAGUCAAAACAGGAGGCCUACGUCAAUAUGAAAUGACCACUCCAAGUAUUUUUCCCCCAGUUUGGAAAUGAACUAGUGGAAAGAAAAAUAAAGCACAAGAGGACAUGAAGCCAAAACACGUGGAGGGAAGAGCACAAAGGAGCUUUAUAACACUUAUAUUAAUAUUAAUGUCGCUGCUUUUCAAUGACAAUGGUACUGUAUUUCCAAUAAAUAGAAUUUUGCUGAGUCAUGUACUGUAUACUGCGGUCAGUAUAGACAAUGUUGCUGCUUAUGCUUGUCCAUCACGAUGUGUGUAGUACUCUGUGUAUUUUUAUGUACACUAUAGAUGUCACUUUACUGUUGAAGUUUUUACUCAUAUGUGACACGUGUCAUGUUUCUGCCACAUGCAAUGGCGCUGACUGUACUGUACUGUACAGUGCUGUUCACAUUCACAUCUUCUGUAUCAUUGCCUGAUGUCAAAACUAUGUGUAUAAUUGUUACAUGGUACUACUCUCCAUUGUGCUGAUGUAGAAACAGGAAUUUUAGAUUAAAGGUUUAUUCAAAACUUUCCUAUAUUGUCAAAUGAGCGAUCCUUUUCCUCACCAAGCUAAAUGUUUCAUUUCAAACGCUGUCAAGAAGACAUGGUUUUGUGAUGACUACAGUCCAAAAAUCAAAUCAAUAGGAAGUCCUGAAUAUAAAGCAAAGGUUUGUGCCACAAGGAGCUAGUUUCACUUUCAAGUUGUAUGUGUAAUGUCAACAGAGAGGAGGGGGAAAAAAAAAAAAAAAGUUCUGGAGGCCGUUCCACAUUCCUGAACAGCGCACACACAAUACGGACACACACAUGGAGGAGGGAGACUUUAAGCAUUCUUGGUCAAUACAAACACGUCUGACACACUGCCUGAGUACCAACAUUCAGUCACGCUGACGAAGAGGAGGAGGAGGAAGCAUUUGAAAACACUUCUGACGAAGAAAAUGUUGCUGACCUUCAUCUUACUCAGUGAUGUCUUCAACGGAGGGUGGACGUCACCAACCCAGAGCCCAUCAACCCCAACCGGCCCUAAGGAAGAGGUACCCUGUUACAUCUCCAACGCAGGCCGCAAAGUGGACUGCCUGGGCAGGCAGCUGGAGACCGUUCCAUGGAGAGGUUUUCCACCCACGCUGGAGGACAUCGACCUGUCCUACAAUAAACUCCAAGCAAUCGGUUCGGAGGACUUCUUGCACUUUCCUCGCCUCCGUGUGCUUAAACUGGAUUUCAAUAACAUCUCGCACAUCGACAGCAACGCAUUCAGGAACAACAGCCUGCUGGAGCAUCUCAACAUUUUCAACAACUCCCUCCGGGAGAUUCCUGCCUCGGUGCUAACGUCUCUGUCCAACUUGAAGUAUCUUUACAUGUCCAACAACCUUUACAAGCAUGCUACAUUAUCCGAGAGGUUUUCCAGGUUGAGCCAGCUGGAAGUUCUCUCUAUGGGGGGUGAUCUCGUGGAGGGUCUUAAGAAGGAAGACUUUCAUCCAUUAAAGAACAUCACGUUACGGUUUUUUUCGAUCAAAUGCUCCUCCAAUUUGAGUUACUAUGAGCCAGGGAGCUUACGGAUGAUCAAAACUGACAACAUGGGCUUCGACAUGGCCAUCGACCAGCGGCCAGGCACUCUUCUUCAUAUGCUGAAAGACCUCGCCAACAAGACCUUCACCGGCAUCCAGUUUCGCAACCUAUUCGGAUUCACAUACUACACGGGAGAAGAGGACAUCUUCCAAGGUUUAGAGAAAAUCACAGCCCACCAGUUAGUCUUCCACAGAGGAAAGUUUAAUGAGAACCUCCUGAGGAUGGUGCUGACCAGCCUUCAAGUUGCCCCCAUCAAAAGGGUUCGAUUCCAGUAUAUAGACUUUGCGCGCUCGCCAACAUUCAUAGACAGCGGCACGAAAUCCAGCAUCACAGACCUGAACCUGGAGCAUCUGGAUCUCUGGUACAUCAGCAAUCCUGACAUUCUGCGCUUUGACUGGCGGUUCACCUGGUUCAGCAAGAUCAAACAGCUGUCCAUUAGCUAUGUAUACUUCAACACGGUCCCUUGCGAUGCCUGGGUUGAGUUGGACGGUGUGGAGAUCCUGGAUGUUUCCAACAACCGCCUGCAGGAUAAAUACAUUUUCAACCAGCUGUGCGAGUAUAGGGGCUCCAUGUCCAUCCUUCAAACCUUUAACUUGAGCACCAAUGAGCUGACCAGCUUGAGAGACUUGUCAGCAUUGACCAGGCACUUCCAGCAGCUGCAAGUGUUGGACUUGAGUCACAACAAGUUGGGAUCCACCGAAACCAGCCAAGGUUGCGUCUGGCAAGAAAACAUAAUCAGGAUGAUUGCUCACCACAAUCAAUUCACCACAGAAGCCGUCGGUUGUCUGCCCACCACAGUGCACUACUUGGACCUUUCCUCAUGCAACCUGGACCAAAUAAAUGUUGCAUAUUUCGAGAAGGCUACCAAUCUGAAGGAGCUGAUUCUGAGCGACAACAAAAUCAAAUUCAUCCCAUCCAAAUGGGAAAGUCCAUCCCUGCACAGGCUGGCUUUGGAUGGGAACUCCUUUGGUCUCAUCAGUAAGGAAUCGUUCCAGCAUAUGCCUGGACUCUCCCACUUAAGGGCCGGGAACAAUCCGUACCACUGUACUUGCGAGCUUCAUGCUUUCAUUGAAGACACCAAGACCAAAAAGCAGAUCAACCUGACAGACUGGCCUCAGAAUUACAAGUGCUACCACCCAGAGCCCUUUCUUAACACAGUCAUAUCCCAGUAUUUCCCCAGCGAGGUGGCGUGCGAUGUGAGAUUGGUCAUAAUAAUCAGUGUUGCGACAACCACGGCAGUCAUCCUGGUCCUGAUGUUCAUCUGCUACAUUUUUGACUUGCCGUGGUACACCAAGGCCACCUAUCAGAUCAUCAGGGCUAAAUACAGAGCGCACAAGGAGCGAGCCGCCGGAGAGGCCGGACCUUUCGCCUAUCACGCUUUCAUUUCCUACAGCCACUGGGACGCCGAAUGGGUGAGGGAACAGCUGCUGCCGUGUCUGGAAAACAAUCGGAAUUCCUACCGACUGUGCAUCCACGAAAGGGACUUCAUGCCAGGACGCUGGAUCAUAGACAACAUCAUUGACAACAUCGAAAGCAGUCACAAGGUCAUAUUUGUGCUGUCGCGGCACUUUGUCAACAGUGAGUGGUGCAACUACGAGCUGUACUUUGCUCAGCAGCGAGCCAUGGGCAAGACGUUCAGCGACGUUAUCCUGGUUGUGAAGGAGCCCAUUGACCCGGGCACCCUGCCCAGCAAGUACUGCAAGUUGAAGAAGAUGCUGAGCACCAAAACUUACCUGGAGUGGCCUCAGCAGGCCAACCAGCAGGCCUUCUUCUGGGCCCAGCUGAGGAGUGUUCUGGGCAAACCCACCAGGCACAGCAUCCGGAGAACGAACUCCUCCGUGGCGGGCCAAUCGCUCAAGGGGAGCAAAGGUCCAAAAGAGGGAUAUUCUAAUGGAGAAGCGGAGGACGUUAAUGUUGGAGUGCUCAACGGAAGACAAAUCGCUGCAGUGUGCCGUCAAAUGAGUAUUUUCCUUUACUCUCAUCCACGCCGCUUUGCUGCUAUACCAUUGUUGGCCAGAGAGGUCGCCGUUACCACUCGAGCGCAAUCAGGAUCAGGUGAGCGCAGCUCACAAGAGAAGCGAUGCCAGCUGGAUGCAGUUGAGUUUGCUCAUUUCGUGGUCAGGAUGCUGUGUUGCUGUGUGAAAGCAUGCAGUCGCGGCACCGAGCACGUCGACAAAAUGAAUCGUCAGCUGGAAAAGGCCAUCGAGGGCCUCAUCACCGUCUUCCACUCGUACUCGGCCAAAGAGGGCGACAAGCACAAGCUGAGCAAAGCCGAGCUCAAGACGCUGCUGCAGGAGGAGCUCACGGACUUCAUGGCCGGCUGCAGCGACGCGGCCGCCGUCGACAAGAUCAUGACGGACUUGGACGAGAACGGCGACCAGCAGCUGGACUUUCAGGAGUUUGUGGUUCUGGUGGCGGCGCUCACCGUGGCUUGCAACGAGUUCUUUGAAGGCUCCUGCAAGAACUGAAAUAAAUAUGAAUGUCUAAUAAAAAUGCUUCAUUUAAUUUUU